UUGCAUAAAACUGUACCUGUGAUUUGGAACAACAAACUAGCAUCCUAGAAAGAACAGACGUGUAAAAUACACCGCAGCAAUGGGUUCAUUUGUGAUUAUGCCUUUGUUUCUUUGUGCCAUGAGUAAGUAAAGAACAUUAUUUAUUUACAGAAUGGGUCUUUAUAUUUGUCUCAAUAUUGACCACAUGACUGAUAUCUAACUUUUUUUUCUGGUUAUGCCUUUAAAAAAAACAACAAAAAAAACCCCCAAAUAAAUAUUGUAUAAUAUUUAACAUUUUCCCAUAUGCUGUGUGUUUUCUUAUUCUUCUAUUUAGAUAUUUUUUUCUGUUUCUUAUAUUUAGUUAUUUCUUACUGAGAAUUUACAUUCUACUGUGUUUAACUUUUAUCCCAUUCAUUUUUAUUUAAUUUCAUGAAACAAAACUUUAAAUUUUCAGAUCCAUUUAGAAACAUAUUUAAUUGCUAUUUAUUAAAGUUGUAUAUGAUAUAUAAUAAAUGAUAUUUUUGUUGUUGCAGCUUUGCUCUUUGACAUUAUUUGCUCUUCAACAGUGGAGGCAAAACCAGGAGAAAAUAUGUCACUAUUUGGAUUGAGAAUGAUGUGGGUACUGUGGGUACUACAGGUUACUGGUACAAGCACACGGUUAAUUCAGUUCCAGUUCUUCUUGGGUGCAAGCAGGUUCAAAAUCAAGCGAAACACAAAUAUGUUACUUCUUUAAUGAAAGUGAGAGAAUAACGAUGUCAGUUCACGGCAAGAAAACCUCUCUCUCCAUCACUGCUGUAAAUGUCUCUGACACAGGACUGUAUUACUGCAGCUUCAUUCAACAAGCCGAAAUGAAAUUUUGUAAAUCAGUCUACUUACAAGUGAAAGGGGGAAAUGAAACACUUGUCAAUGACAUGAACAAAGCAGCAGACCGUGGCUGCUUGAAUGUGUUUUUCAUGCUGACUGUAGUGUUUGGUGCAGUGAGUAUGAUUCUUCUCAGUAUGCUGAUCUUCAUCAUACAGAAGUACAGAAAAAAAGAAACAGGUGUUAAUGCUAAAGUUUAUGAGGAUCAGGAGUCUGAAUCACUAAAUUACGCUGCCCUACAGCUCUCUAAUCAGAAAAGCAAGAGGAAAGGGAAACAUGAUGCACUGGAAUAUCAAUACGUUAUUUAUUCUCUUGUCAGACAGGAGAAGGUCACUCAUACACUCCAGUACCUCUACACUGCAGUCACACCAGGAAUAAAUUUCCCAGAAUACACUGAUGCUGGUCUGGUUGAUGGAGAGCCAUUUGUGUACUAUGACAGUAACAUAAAGAAAUACAUCCCAAAAACUGAGUGGAUAAAGAUGAUCAUUGAUGAUCCAGACUACUGGACCAGUGGGACACAGAUUCAGAAUGCUCAACAAGAGACCUACAAAGCAGAUGUGAUCACACUAAUGCAGCGCUUUAAUCAGACUGGAGGGUUUCACACGCUACAGAGGAUGUACGGCUGUGAAAUUGAUGAUGAUGGGACUAUUAGAGGUUAUGAGCAGUUAGGAUAUGAUGGAGAAGAUUUCAUCAGUCUGGAUCUGGAACAUGUCACCUGGACUGCAGCUAAACCUCAGGCUGUUAUCUCCAAAAACAAACUGGAUACUGAAGGAGCUGCUCCUUUUGAAAAAUUUUAUCUGGAGAACAUCUGUAUUGAAUGGUUAAAUAAAUACGUGUCCCAUGGCAGAGAGACUCUGGAGAGGAAAGUUCGUCCUGAGGUAUCCAUCUUCCACAAACACUCGUCUCCAGAUGUGGUGUGUCACACUACAGGUUUCUACCCUAAAGAAGUGGUGAUCACCUGGAAGAAGGAUGGAGAGGUCAUGCUUGAGGACGUGGAGCUCAGGGAGACGUUACCAAACCAGGAUGGAAGCUUCCAGAAGAGAAGCAUUCUGAAAGUCUCAGCUGAGGAGCUGCAGAAACACAACUACACCUGUGUGGUUCAGCACAGCAGCCUGGACAAGGAGAUCGUGAAGAUCAUCCCGAGAGAUGGAGGAUCUGGUGUACUGCGUAUUGGUGUUCUUGCUGCAGUCUUGGUUAUUGCUGUUUUUGUUGGAUUUCUCAUCUGGAAGAAAAAAUCUGGCUUCACACAAGUUUCACAAAACAUGAACCCUUUGCUCUUUGAUUUUAUCUGCUCUUCAACGUUGGAGGCAAAACCAGGAGAAAAUGUCACUAUUUGGAUUGAAGACAACUUCUCAGAUAAUAUCUUCUAUGGAACUAUAGGUUAUGUCUACUGGCUCAAGCACACAGUUAAUUCAGUUCCAGUUCUUCUUGGGUGCAAGCAGGUUAAAAUAUCAGGUGAAACACAAACAUGCUACUUCUAUAAUGACAGUGAGAGAAUAACGAUGUCAGUUCACGGCAAGAAAACCUCUCUCUCCAUCAGUGCUGUAAAUGUCUCUGACACAGGACUGUAUUACUGCAGCUUCACUCAACUGGCUGAAAUGAAAUUUUGUAAAUCAGUCUACUUACAAGUGAAAGAGGGAAAUGAAACACUCAUCAAGGAUUUAGACAAAGCAACAGUGUUUGGUGCAGUGAGUAUGAUUCUUCUCAGUAUGCUGAUCUUCAUCAUACAGAAGCACAGAAAAAAACAAACAGGUGCUAUUUCUGAAGGUCAUGAGGAUCAGGAUUCUGAAUUGCUACAUUAUGCCGCUCUACAGCUCUCUAAUAAGAAAAGUAAGAGGAAAGGGAAACAUGAUACACUGGAAGAGCCAAACGUUACAUAUUCUUCUGUCAGAAGAUAGAAGGACUGGUGAACUCCAUUUUUUUUUUUUUUUUUUCAUUUAGUUGUUUUCCGCCAGUAACCCACCAUUAUCAAGGUUCUUAUUUAUGUUUGAAGUCCUAUAGUUAUUAAUGUGUUUGACUGGCCAUUUUAAUUCAUAAUAAUUUAGAAAAUAAAAUUCAGAAAUAAAACGGUCUUUGAUUAUCUCACUAUUUGUAAAAAAUAAAUACACUUAAGUAAAAUACAUUAAAGGUAACUUAAACUGCAUUUACUUUCUGACUAUUUAGGCUCUCUUUUGUAAUGUGAUGAAAUGAUCCAAGAACCUCAUUACAUUUUUUUUUUUCAA